AUGAAAGACUGCAAUAAUCAGCAACUAAGGGAAUCCGUUGCCGCUAUGAAGAAUUUUGUGCAAGAGCAUUUGAACAAGGGUGUAGCAUCAUCAACCUGUGAGGAGAUUUAUCAGGUCUCGUGGCGCAUGGCUAGGCGUAAGUCAUGCAGGAAAUCCUUGAAGGUAAUAAGAAGGGCAUCUAAAACCUUUGUAGACGGAUCGAUAGAAAAAGCACGCGAAGUAGAUUCUCUUAGCAUAGGGAAGUAUCUGUAUGAUUUUAACUUCCAUUGGAGCAGAAGCAUGGACCUUUUCAGCAAGGUGUUUAAUCCUAUUGCACCUGUCGAAAAGAGGUUUAUUGCCAGGCUAUCUCCGAGGCUAUUUGCACGGCUUGUGAAGGGGAUUGAAGAUAAGAUAGUGGAGUUUUUAACACAUAAUAUAAAAGAGGAAAUAGAAGGCAAAAGAAGGAUCAAAAAGCCAAAUGAGUCAGCUCCCAGAGUCUGGGAACAUCCUGCCUGCAAGAAGCAAAAACUGAAUCAAAGUAGUGCCAAUGAGCCAGGCAAUAAACACUGUGAGAAGAAGAUGCCUGACGAGUUUGAGCUACUUUGCAGGGAGAGACAGAUUUCUGUUAUAAUCUGCAUACUUCAGGAUAGGGGAUGUUUUGAUAUGUUUUCAGAAAGGAUUAUUGAGUGUUUGAUUUCAGUUUUCAGCUCGAAAAUAUAUGAUGAGAAUCUGGACAUACUGAGCAUAAAAGAUCUCAUUGAUAGGUACAGGAAAGUUGAAUAUAUGAAAGGUUACUUCUAUGCAGUUGAAUCUGGCCUUAUGCGUAGGGUAGUUAUGAAUUAUACGAGUGAGGAAGUUUUUGGCAUGCUGAAUAGGGAGGAUGAAAUGAGGCUGUGUGUAGGCUUUUUCUGUGCAUCUGGCUCUGAGAAAAGGCUUAUGGAAGUCAUCGAUAUGUACUGUAAAGAGGUUAUCAAGAGCCUUUCGAUUGAUAGAUUUAUUGAAGGAUACUAUUGGAUCUACCUUAAGUUCAAGGAAAUAGAGGAAGAUAAUAGGGACGAUUGGUAUCAAAAAAUUAGGAAGGGGAUUAAGAGAUGCAAAAAGGAAGUUGUGAACACCAAUGCUGACUGUGCGAUUGAGAGUAUCUGCGCGUGGACCGAUUCCUUACUGAGAGGAAGAAUAACGAUUAAAGAAGACAUUAUUGAGGGAAUGGAGCACAGAAUUCGUGUCCCAGGAACUAAUAAGGAGGACAGGGUAGACACGAGGAAAGUUUUGAAAAGUACAGGGAUGGUGGAAGUCAAUUUUGAGGGCAGCGUAUGGAGAGAAUUUCUUCUGUCAAAUAUUUUUGAGAUGAUUGGAGAGAUUUUCCAUUUUUGUGACAAUAAGGAAGUAUUUGAAACGGCUUUGCGAAAUAAAUUGGGAAAUAGGCUUAUUUCGCGGUCUUCAGUGUCUACACACUUGGAAAGCCUGCUGAUAGACAGAAUUGAUCCGGGAAAAACCCAGCUGAACAAGAUGAGAUGUAUGAUAAAGGAUUUCACCGAGAAAAAGCUAUUUAUGGGACACGAGAUUUUACUUCUUCGGUCAUGCAAAUGGCCUAGAUACGAAGAAGCUAGUCUUGGGAUUCGAGACGUGGAAGAGAUCAAGGAGAGAUAUAAGGAGGUGGAGAAAAAUAGAAGAAAGAUAGUUAGAUGGAAUGACCUGCUUUCGUCCUGUGAGAUUGAGUUCUUGGGACGUACGGUUACGGUUACUUUGGCCCAGUACCUUAUUAUAAAGCUUUUGGCAGAGAAGGAUAGAGACAUUGAGAGCUUGAAGGUAUGCAAGACUUGGAAUGAAAAUCUUGAAAUUCUAAUGAAGAAAGAGCUAGUGAGAGUCGAGGAGGGGAAGUAUUCCCUAAACUUAGGAUUUUGGGAGGAAAAUUCCUCCGUGGAAUCAUUGAUUCCUCAUAGCUUUGCAUUACAGGGACAGCCUGAGGCUACAAGAAUACCUGAUGGGCUGGAACCUUAUAAGGAUCUUCUUGACUGUAAAAUAGUAAAAGAAAUGAAUGCAAACAAGAUACUAAGUAAGAGCAAGCUCAGAGAGCUUCUUGGGCAAUGCCAUCCAUCGGAAAUGUUCGAUGAAAGAAUAGAAAGCCUGGCGAAUAGAGAGUUUUUAAGUAUUGAAGGAGAAAACAUAAAGUAUUUGCCAUGA